UGCAUAAUGCUAAACUUGUGAUAAAAUUAGCCUGCGUUUAUAUCGCAUGCUAUUGGUUGGAACAGCCCGCGGCCGCUCGUGCGCCUGCGGCAGCGCAGCUCUGGGUUUGGCGCGUCUGGCGCACAGAGCACCUGCUGCAGUGGCGCCGCUGCGCGCGCUGCCACUUUACGCAUCAGACCAGAAAACCGUUAGCCUGCACCAGUUUAUUCUCCGAGGACGCCGGUUUCUCCCUGGAGACCAAAUAAGUGCACGUGAUUGGGCCAAAAGUAUGAAACCGCGGCAUGAAGGCGCACAAACCGGGAGAAUGUCGACUAUAUCAGCGCUGAAACAAAUCAUGUCCCUCCAGUUCUGUGAUCAGCGCCAAACUGAUGGAGGCGCACAGGGACCGGAGAGCGUUUGGCGCUGUCUGCCCCAACCAAAUGGGACACCGGGGCGGUAAAGCUGCGGUGAAAAAGGUACGGAUGCUCCUUUACGCUUGCGUCUGCGGCAGAAGGAAAGACCCGCUAAAAAUGCGUUUCUUGCAGAACAAAGUCCUGGUGCCACGCAGCAGCAGUCCGGUCGCCGUGUACGUUGAGUUCCCGUGCAUAGUUGAACAAGCUUUUUCAACAAUCGCGUGGGAUGGUUUGGGAGAGUGCGCGUCCGUGGCGAGAACGGACAGCGACUCGCUGGGAUCUCGGGUGAAUGAGUCAGAUUUAGAAGACCAGGACUUUGGAGACUAUGCCCUUGACUUCAUGGCAGAUUCUCCUGCCACCCUGGAGAGCAGUCUGUCUUCAGCUGAGCUGGUACCAUUUCAGGGGUGCGUCAUCCCUCCGCUCACCCCUCAGCAGGACUUCUCCCUGGAGGAGAGCCUGGUGGACUCAUCCACAGAUGCAGAUAAGCCAUGCGCCCAGGAUGGAGGUCCCUGGGAGGGCAUCGCCCAGAGUCACGGCAGGGCGUUGGGCAACGCUAUGGUGGUGAACGAUCAGCUCCACGAAACGCUUCACAGACGACGAGAGGAAAUGGAUUCACUUCAUGAGAGGAACCUUCAACUCAGGCUGCUGGCCAACCGGGCAAAGCACCUGGCCUCAGUGCUUGAAAAACUGAUGACGGUCAAAGAGGCUCAUGUGGGUGAAACAGCGGCGGCGCGUGGCGACAACCCCUCCCUCAGCCCCUGUAAGAGGCAGCGACUGGGUGAAGGCCAUGACGCGCCCGCUUCAGACUCGGUGGAGGACGUGCUGCGAGACGUGAGCACGCGCUGCAACGCCGUGCUGCACGGCUCCGCCGGCGGAACCGCCAGCGGAACCGCCAGAGGAGGAGGCGCGGAGGAGUCGGAGACCGUGCGCGUGUUCGGCGCAUUCCCAGGCCUGCAGCCUCUCAUCACCUCAAGCACCGGCGGAGCACAGACUGAAGACAGCACGUCCUCCUUCAAAACCUCAGUCAAAGAACACUGCACCAUCAGGACCCAGGUGUUUCCUCACGGACGCGCCUUCACCUCGAGGACCCAGCAGGGAGGAUAUCGCUUUCGCUGGGUUCCCAACCACUGCUGAAUCCAAUAUCAAACCCAGAUACCAGCUUCUUAUUGAAUCAGUGAUUGAAGUGAAGGUGUGAAGUCUGUUCAUGAGUGGAGGAGCAUGGACAGCAGCUGUUAAUGCUGUAAUUUAUAUUGUUAUCUGUAAAUUAAACUUAUGUAAGCUAAUUAUUCAGAGAUGGUGCUUCACAAAGGAAAUCCUGCCCCAGCCUUUGUUUGUUCACACUGUGUUUCUGUUUACUUGUCAUAUUUAUUCUUACGCGCCAGUAACAAUUUUAUCAUGAAAAAUAAAAUCUACCUUUACAA